CAAAGCGUGACACAAUCCGACAGUGAUUUACCUCUCGGCAAGAGGAAGAAGUGAUCGGAGCACCCAGAGUUGCUCCAAAACUCGAUUUUACAACUUUAGCGCUGGCUGCGUAAUGCGCUGUUCUCUCUGAUCAUCGCGUCACGCGUGUCUCCCCAAGAUGUAUGUGAAACAGAUUAUCAUCCAAGGCUUCAAGAGCUACAAGGACCAGACGGUCAUUGAGCCCUUUUCGCCCAAACAUAAUGUCAUCGUCGGUCGCAAUGGUUCCGGCAAGAGCAACUUCUUUGCGGCAAUUCGGUUUGUCCUAAGCGAUGCCUACACUCACCUCGGUCGAGAGGAGCGUCAAGCUCUGCUGCACGAAGGUUCAGGUUCGGCCGUCAUGUCGGCCUACGUCGAGAUCAUCUUCGACAACUCGGACGACCGAUUCCCCACCGGAAAGCCAGAGCUAGUUCUUCGCCGUACGAUCGGUAUCAAAAAGGACGAAUAUACCCUCGACCGCAAGAAUGCGACCAAAAACGACGUCAUGAACCUCCUCGAGUCCGCCGGUUUUUCACGAUCAAAUCCGUACUACAUUGUCCCUCAGGGCCGAGUGACCGCUUUGACCAAUAUGAAAGACUCGGAGCGUCUGGUGCUCUUGAAGGAAGUGGCUGGUACCCAGGUUUACGAGGCUCGUCGCACGGAGUCUUUGAAAAUCAUGCAGGAAACAAACAGCAAGCGCGCCAAGAUUGACGAAUUGCUGGACUAUAUUAAUGAGCGCCUGGCCGAGCUCGAAGAGGAGAAGGAUGAGCUGCGAAAUUACCAAGAGAAGGACAAGGAACGCCGCUGCCUCGAAUACACCAUCUACUCCCGCGAACAGCAUGAAAUCGCGAACGUGCUUGAGAACCUCGAGGAACAGCGGCAGAAUGGAGUUGAGGACGCUGAUAACAAUCGGGACCAGUUCGUUGAGGGCGAGAAAGCCAUGGCUCAAAUCGACGCGGAGAUUGCGGAGUAUCGCCAACAGAUUGAGUUCUUGAAAGUGGACAAGGCUCAACUGGAGGAUGAGCGCCGUGAAGCCUCCAAGUCAUUGGCCCAAAUUGAACUUCGCGCCAAGGCUCUUUCUGACAACCAGGCCGCUGCACAGGCACUGAAGUCACGCCACGACAGCGAUCUCAACGCCGUGCAGACUGCCAUCCAGGAGCGCGAAGAGGAACUUGAUGACCUCCUCCCCCGAUUCAACAUCGCCAAGGACGAGGAAGAUGCUGUCAAGACCCGUUUGACCGAGGCGGAGACAUCCCGGCAACGUCUAUAUGCCAAGCAAGGUCGCAAUUCACGAUUCAAGAACAAGUCAGAGCGCGAUAAGUGGCUACAAAUGGAGAUUAGAGAGACACAUCGAUCCAUUUCCAAUGUGCAAGGCGUUGUCACACAAACUCAAGAAGAUAUCCAGGAGCUCGAACAGGAGAUUGCUCUGCUUGAGCCGGAAACUGAGCGCUUGCGGAAACAGAUCGACGGUCGCGGCGAUACCAUGCAUUCAGUAGAUCAGGACAUUCAGAACGCCAAGGACGAGCGAGACCGACUCAUGGACCAGAGAAAGGAACUCUGGAGAGAAGAAGCCAAGCUCGACUCCGUCCUUUCUAGUGCCUCUCAAGAAAUGGACCGUGCGGAGCGCAGCCUUUCUCAGAUGAUGGACAACAACACUAGUCGCGGUCUUGCUGCUGUUCGGCGCAUCAAGCGUCAACAUAGCCUGGAAGGCGUUUAUGGUACCUUGGCCGAGCUCUUUGAUGUCAGCGACAGGUACCGAACCGCUGUCGAGGUCACCGCCGGACAGAGCUUGUUCCACUAUGUUGUCGAUAACGAUGAGACUGCUACCAAAGUCUUGGAGAUGUUGCAAAAAGAGAAGGCUGGUCGUGUUACAUUCAUGCCAUUGAACCGCCUCCGCUCCAAGCCUUUGAACAUGCCUCGCGCCAGUGACACGAUUCCCAUGCUCGACAAGCUUCAGUUCGACCCCGCUUAUGAGCGAGCAUUCCAACAUGUAUUUGGAAAGACCAUCAUUUGUCCCAAUUUGCAGGUCGCUGCCCAGUAUGCCCGAAGCCACGGUGUCAAUGCCAUCACUCCCGAGGGUGAUCGUUCCGAUAAGCGCGGUGCUCUCACCGGUGGUUAUCAUGACUCACGCCAGUCGCGACUGGAUGCAGUGAAGAACGUGGGCAAGUGGAGGGAUGAAUACGAGUCUAAGCGCAACCGCGGCACUGAGAUCCGAAAGGAGCUGGAGAAGCUUGACCAGCUGAUCACCAAGGCUGUUGGGGAGCUGCAGAAGCUUGAGCAGCAGAAGCACCAAGUGCAGAACAGCAGUGGUCCUUUGCGACAAGAGCUCCGGAGCAAGCGCGAUCUCCUACAGAAGAAGACUGAUAGCCUUGACUCCAAGCGCCGUGCACUUCGCAAUGUCGACUCUAACCUGACGGCUCUUAAUGAUCAGGUCAAUGCUUUCCAGGGUGAAAUGUCCUCCCCUUUCCAGAAGGCCUUGACAAACGAGGAAGAGUCUCACUUGGAGACAUUGAGCGGAACCGUGCAGGAGCUUCGGAGGCAAUAUCAGGAGCUGUCAAGCCAGCGAAGCGAGUUGGAGGCCCGCAAAUCCGUGUUGGAGGUUGAGCUGCGUGAGAAUCUAAACCCUCGCCUCGACCAGCUACAAAACCGAGAUGUGGAAAUGGCCGAGGAGGAAGUCCAGGGCAACCUGAAGGAGACGCAGCGUGAACAGAAGCGUCUCAGCAAAGCCUUGGAGAAGCUCAAUGGUCGACUCAAGGAGGUGGACUCCUCCAUCGAAGAGGCUACCGCUAAGGUGGGUAAUCUGCAACAACGCAAUGCUGAUACCCGACGUGAGAUGGAAGACCUGGCCCGGUCUAUCGAGAAACACCAACGACGCAUGGAGAAGAGCAUGCAGAAGAAGGCCGCCCUCACCAAGCAGGCCGCGGAGUGUGCCGCUAACAUCCGUGAUCUCGGUGUACUACCCGACGAGGCCUUCACCAAAUACAAGAACACCGACUCCAAUGCGGUUGUCAAGAAGCUCCACAAGACCAACGAGGCGUUGAAGAAGUAUUCUCAUGUCAACAAGAAGGCCUUCGAGCAGUACAACAGUUUCACCAAGCAGCGCGAGACGCUGACCACCCGUCGCGAGGAACUGGAUGCCUCCCAGAAGUCCAUUGACGACCUGAUUUCCGUUCUGGAUCAGCGUAAAGAUGAAGCGAUUGAGCGAACCUUCAAGCAGGUGUCUCGCGAGUUUGCCAAUGUCUUUGAGAAGCUGGUACCGGCUGGCCGUGGCCGCCUGGUGAUCCAGCGCAAGACAGAUCGCACCGCCCGUGCUGACGAUGACCUCGACUCGGAUGACGAGGAGGUCCGACAGAGCGUGGAGAACUACGUGGGUGUCGGUAUCAGUGUCAGCUUCAAUAGUAAGCACGACGAUCAGCAGCGUAUUCAGCAACUGAGUGGUGGCCAGAAGAGUCUGUGCGCUCUCGCCCUGGUCUUCGCCAUCCAAGCAUGUGACCCGGCGCCUUUCUACCUGUUCGACGAGAUUGACGCCAACCUGGAUGCGCAGUACCGAACGGCUGUGGCGCAGAUGCUCAAGUCGAUCUCGGACUCGACCAAUGGACAGUUCAUCUGUACCACCUUCCGACCGGAGAUGCUGCAUGUGGCAGAGAAGUGCUACGGUGUGAGCUUCAGUCAGAAGGCUAGUACGAUCGACGUGGUCUCGCGAGAGGAGGCAUUGAAGUUUGUGGAAGGGCAGAAGGCGUGAUUGGGGGAGGUAAACAGGCUUUAUUGAUGUAAAUUCUUCUUUUUCUUUCAUUGCUGCGUGUGGUGGUGGCAUGGCGUUUGAUACCGGAUUUCUUCUACAGUAUUACUUAUUUUAUCAUUC